GAAGACUAUAGCCACUUCCGGCAAAUAGCAGGCCGGUGCCAGGAGGCAAACAGUAUAGUUGAUUUGGUAAAUAUAAAUAGAUAGAUGCAUAUUAGAUUUUAAACAUUUUAGGGUUAUAUUAAUUAGCGAAAGGCCCCGGUUAACAUCCAGCAGGUUUCUGGGAUCUAAACAAAGUUUACUGCAACAAUGCAGUAGUAUCUUUGUUUUCUGCAGCUUGUACCAUGUCACUACACUAAGGCCCUGUAAACAACACGUUGCUACAUUGCCAGUCCAUCUGAACGCUGUAGAACCCUCUUUGCCUGCUUUAAUCAGUUGCAAGAAUGAAGUUAAAGGAAGAUCUCAACCCUUUUCUUUUACAAGUAUUGCACUCGAUAAUAUGGGUGUACUCUGCUGUAACUUUUCUGCCAUGGUACUUUCUGUCUGGAGGGAGUCAGAACCUUUCACGGGCCAAGCGAGUUAAAGCGAGACCUGUGAAUAGCACCCCUGGGAGCCCCUACCGCUCUGUGAACAGUGUGCACUGCCUUGCCUCAGUGCUGUACCCGGGCUGCGACACCCUGGACAAAGUCUUUGAAUUUGCCAAGCACAGAUUUAAGGAAAGGGACUGUCUUGGAACUCGGGAGCUGAUCAGUGAGGAAGACGAGAUCCAGCCAAAUGGGAAAGUUUUCAAAAAGGUAAUCCUUGGCAGGUAUAACUGGCUGACGUAUGCGGAGACCUAUCUUGCUGCUGCCCACUUUGGGAGUGGUCUGGCAGCGCUGGGGCAAAAGCCAAAGUCUAAUAUUGCCAUCUUUUGUGAGACAAGAGCUGAGUGGAUAAUUGCUGCACAGGCCUGUUUCAUGUACAACUUCCCUGUUGUUACCUUGUAUUCAACCCUGGGAGGACCAGCUAUUGCACAUGGAUUAAAUGAAACUGAGGUCACUCACAUAAUCACCAGUAAAGAUCUUCAAAGCAGACUGAAGGCAAUCGUGCUCCAGGUUCCAAGGUUACAGCACAUCAUAAUUGUUGAUGAUAAGCCGACUGCAUGGGCAGACUUUCCAAGAGGCGUAACUGUUCACAGUAUGGCAACGGUGCAAGCACUCGGGGCCAAAAAACAAAACAUGUCCAAGCCUCCAAACCAGCCUGUAACUUCAGAUAUUGCAGUCAUCAUGUACACUAGUGGAUCCACAGGGAUACCAAAGGGAGUGAUGAUUUCUCACAGCAAUCUCAUUGCUGGCAUAACCGGAAUGGCUGAAAGGAUUCCUAACCUUGGCAGGGAGCAGGACACUUACAUUGGAUACCUGCCAUUGGCCCAUGUGCUAGAGCUCAGUGCUGAGCUGGUCUGUGUAUCUCACGGAUGCCGUAUCGGCUAUUCAUCACCACAGACUUUAGCAGAUCAGUCAACCAAAAUCAAAAAAGGAAGCAAAGGAGAUACAAGCGUAUUGAAGCCCACCCUGAUGGCAGCUGUACCAGAAAUUAUGGAUCGCAUCUACAAGAACGUUAUGACAAAAGUGGAAGAGAUGAACAGGGUACAGAGAACCCUCUUUGUUCUAGCUUACAAUUACAAAAUGGAGCAGAUUUCCAAAGGCUACAGCACCCCACUGUGUGACAGUUUUGUUUUCCGAAAGGUGAGAUCUUUACUUGGUGGAAAGACCCGUGUGCUUUUGUCUGGUGGGGCCCCUCUGUCAGCAGCUACCCAGCGAUUCAUGAAUAUCUGUUUUUGCUGCCCGGUGCUGCAAGGAUAUGGGCUCACAGAGACUUGUGGAGCAGGAACAAUUAGUGAAAUGUCGGACUACAGUACCGGUCGUGUAGGAGCUCCCUUGGUGUGCUGUGAGAUCAAAUUGAAGAACUGGGAAGAAGGUGGCUAUUACUGCACUAACAAACCUAACCCCAGGGGGGAGAUUCUGAUUGGUGGUCCAAAUGUCGCCAUGGGAUACUACAAAAACGAUUUGAGAAACAAAGAUUUCUUUGUGGAUGAAAAUGGCCAAAGAUGGUUUUGCACAGGAGACAUUGGAGAGUUUCACCCCGAUGGAUGCCUUAAAAUUGUCGACCGUAAGAAGGAUCUGGUAAAACUUCAAGUAGGAGAAUAUGUGUCUCUAGGAAAGGUUGAAGCGGUUUUGAAAAACUGUUCAUUAAUAGACAACAUCUGUGCAUACGCAAACAGUGAUCAAUCCUACGUGAUUGGCUUCGUUGUACCCAAUCAGAAGCAGCUUCUAGCCCUUGCAGAACUCAAGAAGAUCCGUGGAACCUGGGAGGAGAUUUGCAACAACUCUGAGAUUGAGAAGGAGGUGAUAAGGGUGAUGGCAGAAGCUGCUGUUGGAGGCAAAUUGGAGAAGUUUGAAAUUCCAGUGAAAGUCCGUCUGAGUGCAGAGCCUUGGACCCCAGAGACCGGUCUGGUCACAGACGCCUUCAAGCUGAAAAGGAAGGCGCUCAAGACUCACUACCAGGAUGACAUUGAGAGAAUGUGUGGAGGAAAGUAAACCUCUCUACCAUGACAAGCUCUGGUCCGACAGGAAAUACUUGAAUCGCAUUAUACAUUUGUGACCAAAAAAAAAAGGGAGGGGGGCAGUGGUUUUCCCUCACCUUUUGAAACGCUGGAUUUCUGUCUUUGUGUGUGGAUGUUUUCGCAAUCUUAUGUUGAUUAGGGCAGGUUCAAGGCAAAGUUUUAUGAAAAGCAUUCAAAAGAAAUUAUCAUGACUUGUUAGAAGAUUAAAAAAAAAAAAAAAAAAAAAAAAGACAGUUUUCUGAGAACUCAGAUGAUUUCCUCCUGAGCCUUCAAGUCUGACGUAACACAAAAUGUGAAAUUAGAUUAUAUGUAAAAUAGGGUGCAAUUUGGGUUAUGAUAUGUGCAGAGAUAAAUUAUAAAUUAGACGAGUUAGUUUAUUUUGAGCCCUCCAUAAAGUGUGUUUAGAUGUGUGGGAAGAUCAGUGUUUAAGCCAUGAGAGAUCAUUUAAUGUAAAUGUUUACAAUUUACUAAAUGUUUGUAGCUUUGUGAUGAGAUUAUUGUCAGUUUUUAUUUUACCUUUGUGGAAGACAAUCUUUUAAACC